CAAUCCACUGGUACGUUGUCUGCGUAAUGAGUUUACAGCAAUCUGAAUAUAUUACGGUUACGCUGUCAGCCGCCUCCCAUGCGGUUCAUAAUAUCCAGUUAUGGUCGGCUCUUCCGGUUAAGCAGCUUUACAGGCGGACUGCGUGUGUCAGCGAGCCCCUCCUGUCGCCUCAGACCGACAUUUCACCCUGCUAUUCCUUCACUGUCCGCCCGGAAAUUCAACAUGCAGCCCAGCCGAAGUGUAGCAAGCAGUUGCGGCGAAGCGGGUUUAGGCAAAGAAAAUAGUUCAGGGCCGGAGAAUUACAGCACCAGCAUUGCCACAGUCACUACAGAAGAAACAGAUACUCCGGUUGUGAAGAAGCAAGUGGAGAGCACGCUUGUUCUAAACCAGAGACACCUAAGGACUCAUAGUCCGCUAUUAGGGGCCAACUGUGAUGACGACUCGGAGGCAGAGUCCUUCCGGGAUGGGAGAAGCGAAGAGGUCGACCGGGACACCAGGGAUAAGGCCAUAAAUUGGUGCCGAGACUUUCUGUCGGGGUCGUGGAAGACCAUUGAAGAUGCUGAUUUUCAAAUCAGCAUUGUCAGCGGUGGACUGAGUAAUCUGCUGUACCUGUGUAGUUUGCCCGACCACGUGCAAUGUGUGGAAGACGAACCUCGCCAGGUGCUCCUCAGGGUUUAUGGUGCCAUCUUACAGGGAGUGGACUCUUUGGUACUAGAGAGUGUGAUGUUUGCCAUCCUGGCUGAACGAGCUUUAGGCCCAAAACUUUAUGGCAUCUUCCCCCAGGGACGCUUGGAACAGUACCUUCCGAAUACUCGCAUGCGCACCAGUCAGCUUUCGGACCCAGCCAUCUCCGCUGAGAUUGCCACGAAGCUGGCCCGUUUCCAUAACAUGGUUAUGCCCUUUAACAAAAAGCCUAAGUGGCUGUUUGGGACCAUCGAUAAAUACAUGGAACAAGUGAUGAAUAUUAGUUUUGUUCGUGAGGCACAUGUGAAGAAGUACAACAAGCUGAUGAAACUGGACCUUCCUGCUGAACUGAGAAGCCUCCGUGCUUUGCUCGCAGCAACUCCCUCACCAGUGGUGUUUUGCCACAAUGAUGUCCAAGAAGGCAACAUCCUCAUGCUGGAAGACGGAAAGCAUUCCUCAGCGGAAAAACUCAUGCUCAUAGACUUUGAAUACAGCAGUUACAACUACAGGGGUUUUGACUUUGGCAACCAUUUCUGUGAGUGGAUGUACGACUACACCUACAAUGAGUGGCCUUUCUACAAAGCCACACCAGAGAACUAUCCAACCAGAGAGCAGCAGCUUCUUUUUAUUAGAAGUUAUUUGGCAGAACAGCACAAAGACACUAACGUUGCUGUGGACCAGACACAAAUUGAAGAAGAUUUAAUAAUUGAAGCAAACAGAUAUGCAUUAGCAUCACACUUCCUCUGGGGGGUCUGGUCCAUCAUACAAGCUAAGAUAUCCAAGAUUGAGUUUGGAUACAUGGACUACGCCCAGUGUCGUUUUGAUGCCUACUUCAAGCAAAAGAAGCUCUUCAGCUGAGAUCCAGCUUGUUAAUCAAAAUGUACUGUCUCAUUUGUUUGUCGUUAUCAUUCUUCAAGCUUGCCCCCUACAUUGUGUUGGAACUAUGCCUGUCUGCUUAAGCUGAAAUGACAAAAAAGAGCCUCUGCACCUCAGGCAUUCUAUUUUACUCAUGAAUACCCUUAUUGUGAAAUGUUGUCAUCAUUUUGGGGGCCACAGUUGAUUCACAACUGGUUUUCUUUCAUAUAAACACUUGUUAGAUGCACUUCACUUCCUUGGACCAUUAUUAGACACUUUUAUCAUGGGAUGCAUUUGUGUAAAAGAUCUACCUCACCCUUGUGAUGUUCAUAGGGUGCAUAGUUUUCAUCGUAAAGGGCUGAUUCUGACUAUUCAGUGAGGGAAUAACUGAGACCCUUAUUACCUAAUCACUCCAUGCUUCAUAACCUUUUCCUUAAACAAUUUAAAAAUAUUCCACACCAGUUAUUCUUUAACUGUUACAUUACAAACUUGCCUACAUUUAGCAAAUUAUUAUGUAAGGACUUUUUUAAAAAUAUACAGUUUGCAUAAAUUUUCAUCACUGUAGAAAAAAAUACUGUCAGUUUAACUAUUAGAAAGUGUAAAGCUGUUUUCACACAUGAACUGGAGCGCUGAUCUGUUUUGGACAUUCAAAGCAGAAAGUUUACUUUGUGUCCUAUCGCACUGAUGUGAGAAUUGCGCAAGUGGUAGUGGUGUAUAGCAACUCCUGCAUGCUUUAUCCAGACAGCACCCUCUCCUUACUUGCACAAAGCUUUUCCCAUAAUGAGAACACAUCUGAAACAGGCUCUCUUAUGUACUGCAUCAGCAUUUUGCAACUUAAAGCAACAUGCAGAGUUCAUGUAUGAAAAAUGGCUUACAGCAUUUAUGUCAGUCUUUUUUUUUCUUUUUUUUUGUCCUUGUCACUAAUUAAGAUAACUGUUAUUACAGUGCAUUUCUGCUGCACUAACUACCUGCCCAUUUGACUCUGUUUUGUUUCCACUUCUUUAAAAUUGCUUCUAUACCUGCUGCUUCAAAUAUGUGACAUUCUUACCAAAUAUACCAAUCUUUUAGAAAAUAUUAAAAAAAUUGGAAUAUUUGUGCACGUUUCACCAAUAAUAAAAACGUGUUACAGUCAAUUACUGUAGCCCAUUUGAAUGUGAAGUGCUUUUUUUGACAUGCUUUUAUUUAUUUUGACUUUGUUCUAUAUUUGAAUAAAUGUACAUCAAUUUGACAUCAAAGUUUCUAAAACAAUGUUUUACACAAAGACGAAACUUGAAAGUUUACUCAUUAACUACCUGUGACUGUUUUUGUUUUUAAGGAACAUCUUUUCUGUAAUUUUAUUCUGUUAAACAAAUUCAGUUUAAAUGCGAAUAAACACAUGUGCUUAAAA